CGUCAGCGUCACGUGACCAGCUCUCCUCUCUGUACGUCGUCGUAUUUUCCUCCCUACUGCUGUCGGCUUUAACACCAGACACAGUCCAUAAACCCGCCGAAGAGAACGCGGGAUCGGCCCGGUUCCGGCGACCCGUUCGCGAGCAGGACGGAGGGGAGUCGAACCCAAGAAGUUGCCAUCAGUUCUUGAGCUCGUACCACUGUAACUUUUUUUCUUCAACCCGAUCUCGACGUGAGCGGCGCCCCGACAAAGAAGGUAAAUAAAGGACGGCGUAAAAAGUCGGCUACGAUGGACAAGUCCCACCCUCGACCCUGUUACAGACCAGUGCUGUAGUCAACUUGAAGCAACUCUUGGAUUCCAUUUGACCACCUCUCCUCACACCAUGGCUAGCAAAAGAAAGAAGACUACGCCAUGUAUGAUCCCGAGCAAGCAUGUUCGUGUAUUGGAGGAUACUGAGCAGGACUCAGCAUUCCACUUCCAGAACAAGAUAUCUGCAGGGGGCAGACUCAGCCCCUUGGAUCUGGAAGAGCCACAGAGAAAGGUGACUUUGGAUGAUGUCAACGAAGUCGUCGGCACAUACACGUGCAAACCAUGCAACUUUAAAACGCAUGACCUUAAUUUAUUCCUGGAUCAUGUAUACAGUGGACACCCAGAGUUUCGCUCAAACCCCGGCUUCCUCUGUCUGACCUGUGAGUUUUCAGCACCUAAAUUUGAAGGCCUGGCCCUGCAUAAUGCCAGAGUUCACCCCACCGUGUUAAACACCACUCUGCAGCUGAGGAAGAAGGAAAGGGGGGUCGUGGUGGAGCAGAGUCUGGUUUCAGGGCUUGAUCCCGGAAAGGAUAACGAAAUUUCCAUCACAAAAACUCCAAUCAUGAGGAUGCUGAAGUGCAAAUCGGAACCCAAAAGGAUCGUAGUUUCACACUCUUCUUCUGAGGACACAUCUUUCGACCCAAAUCCAGUAUCUGCUCCCAAAGAGCCUGUGGUGGCAGCGGUCACUCACGUUUCAACAAUUAUCCCCAACGGGACAACCAAGGUCUCUUUGCCCUCAGCUAUCCAGAUUGUCAACGGCUCUGGAGCACUACCCUUGCUCAAGACCCCCAUUACACAGGUGGUGUCAGUGGUUCAGAACAGAAACCAUCAGUCAUCUCCCAACACCUCAUCAACUAACGGUGUCUCCUCUUCCUCCUCCUCCUCCUCCAAAAAUCUGCCCAAGGUGAUGAUCCCCUUGAGCAGCAUCCCCACCUAUAACGCCGCCAUGGACUCAUCAUCUUUCCUGAAGACCUCUUUCAGCAAGUUCCCGUAUCCAACUAAGGCGGAGCUUUGCUAUCUGACAGUCGUCACUAAGUUCCCUGAGGAGCAAAUCAAGAUCUGGUUCACUGCCCAGAGACUCAAGCAAGGUAUCAGUUGGUCCCCAGAAGAGAUUGAGGAAGCACGGAGAAAAAUGUUCAACACUAUUAUCCAGACGGCACCCAACGCCAACCAGAGUCACCACAGUCCGGCGCAACACACCAUCACCGUUCUUCCGGCCUCACUAGGAGUUAAUGGAAUUCCUCAGAUCCUGCAGGGUUCUCUGCAAGGAGGAGUAAUCGUCACGCAGCCAGUUGUGGCCAAUGGAAUCCAGGUCAACAGUGCUCCUGUAGCAUUAGCUGUCACACCAAAGCCUCAAGCGGCAGCCCGUCCAACAAUGCAGGCUCGGCCUGCUGCCGCCAUGGUGGCAGACAAAGGUGCCAACACGGUGGUGGGAACUGUAGGCAGCAUCACGGGGAGCAUAACAAGCAGCAGCAAAAGUGGAGGAGGGGGCAGCAGUAGCGUUGGCAAUUCCAGCCGAGCAAGUAGCAGCAAUACCAAGACGAGUGGGGUCAAUGGGAAAUCUAACAGUGCACAUAUCAGCAAACCUGCUAAGGUCGCAGCAGACGCGGACAAAUUACCUAAGGAGACCAAAAAGACGCCAGACGGUAAAUCUGUUAACGUGAAGAGUAAACCAGGAAAUAAGGAACAAACUAGCAAAGAACAACCGAGCAAUGAACAAAAUGUUAGUAGCAGCAAAAGUGAGGCGGCCGUUACAGAGGAUGGGGAACUCACAACAAGAGACUCCCUGAACCCUAAAAGUGAGAAUGCCUCCUCUCCUGCCUCCAAAUCGGCAUCAUCCUCACCUGCAGCCUCAACUCUCUGUGACACCAGUUUCUCCAGAGGAAAAAAAUCUCAGGUGCAGCUCGGUGCUCUCAAAGGAAGUUUUGAAAAAAAUCAGUUCCCUGACCAGGAGGAGGUGGACCGUCUCAUUGGCCUGACUGGACUCACGGUACGAGAGGUACGCAAGUGGUUCAGUGACCGGCGAUACCACUAUCGGAACCUCAAAAGUUCCAAAUCCAGCACCGGGGGAGCGGGCAAGUCCGCGACAGAAGGGCGCGCAGGAACACCUGGAAGCUGCGCAGACGGCAGCGACAGUCCAAUGGAUCUGUCAGAGGGCAGCAAUUCUGGUGCAAAGACGCCUCAGCGAAGUCCUUCGUCACAAAGUCCAGCCGCCUCACACACACCCACGUCUCCCACCACUCCCUCCAGACGACAUCCCAGAGCAGAAUCCCCUGACUUUACAGCAAUACGCUACAAGGAGAGGGAACACCAGCAGAUAAUAGCACUCGAGACCAGCUUUGCCCAAGACCCGGACCCAUCAGAAGAAGAAGUGGAGAGAUUGCGCUUAGAGACCAAGAUGACACGGAGGAACAUCCAUGGCUGGUUCGCCGACAAGAAAAAGAAGCUGGCGGCGGAGAAAAAGAGAGAGGAGCUGGAGCAAGAGUUGAGGGACGAGGAGACGGACAAUGAUGGAGAAGAGUCUCAUAAAGACGACUCUCUGGAAAGUCUCAAAGUCAAUCCAAUUAAAAUUAACCUGAAGAUGCUAAAGGUGACAGAAGCAAACGGUAAAGAGGAAAGCUUAGAGGGUACCGCCGUGUCAGGUCAUUCCAGCAUGCCCUCGAAAACACCCUCCACUGUCACUGACAGACCCACCCACUCCCCAAAACUCACCACUGGCCGCGGGAAGAAAACCGCAGAACAACUACACACACUCAAACUGGUUUUCGCAAGGACCCACUGGCCUACUGCGACUCAGUAUGAAGAGAUGCUCUCGGCCACCGGACUGCCCAGAGCUGAUGUGGUGCGUUGGUUCGGUGACUCGCGCUACAUGCAGAAGAAUGGGAACUUGAAGUGGCUGGAGACGUAUCAGAACCUAGUGCUGGAGGAGGACCGGAAGAAAGAGAGCUCGCAGUUUGUGGAGGUCAAAGAGGACAGCAUCAACCCUAACUCGAAAAAGGAGCCGACUGAGGUCGCCGUUUGUGGUUCGACUAAAGAACUGGUGCAGGACUGGCUGUCUAGCAAGAUGUGCGUGCCCAAAAGCGAAACCUCACAGACAGAGAGAAAAACAGAGGAACCACAGAGUCUGGCACCAAGGACGGACACAGGAGAGGACGUCAAGAUGGAGGAGUUGGCGUGUGGCGUCGCAGAAGCUUCAGAGGUGGAGUCUGAAGCUCACUAAAAAGGCACAUCGACCGCGGAGAUCUUCGGCACCGCUGGUCUUUUGUUUCCCAUAGCCUGUGGAGAGGACGACAGCUUUUCUGGUAACACAAUCACUGGAUGCAAAUGAGCCUUCAAAGCUGUUGUUGAAGAAUCCCCCCCCCCUUUUCCCCACCUCCCUGACUCGGCUGUCAUGUGACACUCGGCCAGAUGACCUCCCCCGCUCUGAUUACCUCCUCCUGGCGCUUGCACCUCGUCAAUAAUGUCACUUUCCAGCAGGGCCGACGCCACAGCGGACCAAUGUAAAAAAGAAAAAAAAAGCUGCUGUGGCCUUACAAAUAAAAAUUCCUCCCUCAUGCACUCACACUUUGGAUUCACGCUUGCAGAUCGGCAUUGAACAUUUCCCCUUUGCUGCUACUAGGAUUUUUUUAGACGCCAUUUCUACUGGUUUUGUAUUUCUUCUUACCGCUGUAAAGUCUGGGUCCAGGAAGAUGAAACAGAACCAUGUUUGUGUUGUAGCAACGAAAGCGCCGUCUUCACAUCAACAAACGGUUGUUUAUAAAGGAACUUUGCUACAAAAAAAAAAAAAAAAGCUUUGAUCAAAGUUGCAGAGUUGUUUCAUUUCUACUGAGAUUUGCUGAAUAAAAGAAUGUAAUUA